AUGCCACAAAUAAUUGCGCAACAAACAAUGGCUAAAGAUUUUCACAGCUCUAGGUUAAAGGGAAAAGUUGCAAUUGUUACAGCAUCCACUGAUGGAAUUGGUUUUGCCAUAGCAAAAAGGCUUGGAGAUGAAGGUGCUUCAGUUAUAAUUAGUAGCAGAAAGGAAGAAAAUGUCAAAAAGGCAACAGAAAAUCUACGUAAGAAUGGGAUUCAAGCUGAAGGUGUUGCAAAAACUAAAUUUGGUGGUCUAGAUAUUUUAGUUUCAAAUGCUGCUGUAAACCCAUCUGUAGCAGCAACUUUAGAGACUGAAGAAAAUGCUUGGGAUAAAAUAUUUGAAAUUAAUGUUAAGUGUUCUUGGCUAUUAGCCAAAGAAGCAUAUCCCGAACUUAUUAAAAGAGGUGGAGGUAGUAUUGUUUUUAUUUCAUCCAUUGCUGGCUAUCAACCAAUGGAGCCUUUAGGGGUUUACAGCGUUAGCAAAACUGCACUUUUGGGUUUGACGAAGGCUAUAUCUAGUGAAGUUGCAAGAGAAAAUAUUCGAGUAAAUUGUGUUGCGCCCGGCAUUGUAGCAACGAAGUUUGCGUCUGCGAUAACGUCAUCAGAAGUAGGAAAAGAGAAGUCUUUAUCAACAGUACCUAUGAAUAGAUUUGGAAAACCAGAUGAGAUAGCUGGAGCUGUAGCCUACUUAGUAUCUGAUGAUGCUGCAUAUACUACUGGUGAGACUAUUGUAGUUGCAGGAGGAAGUCAUUCCCGAUUAUGA